AUCAAGCGAAGAAAAAAUAAUAGAAAAGUUUGGUGUGAUUCGAGGAGAGAGAGAGGCAUCCGGAAUUCGUCGCCAGCCACAUCCGCCGCCGGCGAUGUCUCCGUCCGCCGACGCCGCCGGGCCGGCUUCCUUUGCCUCGGCGCCCCCGCUCGCACCCCUCAUCGCCGCGCAGCUCAACUACCUCCUCUCGCACUCCAAGCUUCCCAUCAGGGUGGGGCAGAUCUGGUCCGGCUGCCGCAACGGCAGCCCCGCCGAUCGGUUCACGCUCGCCAUCCCUUUCUGCCUCGACUACGUCCACUGGGAUUUCGUGUACAAUGCGCUGUCUCCCAAGGUGGCGCCAGACGUGGUGUUCGGGCCGGAGGACGAGAGGUUCCAGCCGCUGGUCGAUUACGCUGUGGCUGGAAAUGGCGAUAAGAGCUGCUUGGCGCGUUGGGAUUGCCGCGCCCCCGAGGGACUCCUUGCCCUCGUACAGGAGCUCCGAGAAUUGUACAUUGAAUACCAAAAGAAGCGGGUUCACAUGGUGGAUGAUGCAAGAGUGGCGUUUGAACUAAGCACUGUUCUCUCUAAGGAGGGAAUCGAAGUCUGCAUGGUACCUUCUGCUGAUAGGCCAGAUGAGGUGAAAUUUGCUGUACCACUUCUGGACCCUGACUUUGACUUCGCAAAACUGGUGCCAGGAUGUCCUUGGAGAUUACCUCAAAAGAUCCAUCUCCAGGUCAUUUUUCCAAUCAGUAGAAGCUCAAGCUACUCUUCUAUGCCUUCUGCUCCACGACUCAAACUAAUCUCAACACCAGAUUUGAAGUCACUUCUCUCAGUUGAGGAUGUGAAACUCCUUCCAUGGUCAAAUGGGAUGUGCUUGGCAGAGUAUCUUCCUGCUUUAGAAGAUAGUCUUAACGGUCUGCUUGUAGAGGCAUCAGCUUCAAUUGGUUCCAGAAGACGUUUUAUUGAGGCACUAGCUCCUACCUUUGGGAGACCAUUAGAGGCUGAUCCGAUUUUUUGCAGGAGGGCUACAAUUCUUUCCAUUUCUGGAAUUUUCACAUUUCUGGUUCACUUUGCCAUCCCCCUUCAAUUCCCAAAGCAACAACCUGUUCUCACAUUGCAGAGUUCUCAGCACUGUAAUGCCGAUGGGACGCCUAUUAUGUCGCCCCCCAUAAAUGACUAUCCCUGGAGUCCUAGAUGGGAUCAGGCAGAAAUGGUUGAACGUAUCUACGACUUCCUGACUGACGAGUGUCAAAAUUUCAAGAAGUUCUGCAGCGAUGCUAUCACUCAGCAGAAGUAGCUGUUCAUCAUUCUGCAGCGGAAGCUCCCGUGCUGAUUUUCUCAGGAACAAGCUGCUUUCUUAUUCUAAGCAAGCGGUACACCUGUGCCUACUUGUGCGCUGCAACCGGUGAUUGACUGGUGGGCAUAAGCUGUUUUCUUUCUCGUGUGAGCGGCAGUGAGGGUCAAUGAGGCAACCUCAGGCGUUAGGAUGGGCAUAACCAAGCCGGACAACAAGACGGCUUGGUUGCACUGUUUCGUACCCCCUAUAUAAGCUGCCGACAUGGUGACUGUUUGGGAUGGUAUAGAUGAAUGCAAUCCAGUUCUUUGGACCUUGUAAAUAUAUGGAUGAUGACACCCCCUACCUCCAAUGCAUUCUCAGUCCUCUGUAAAGUACUAUAUGCUGUCAAUGUCAGUGUCAGUUGGAAAGUUUGCAAUAUCGGCUAUCGUUCGUUUGGCUGAUAAGCCAUGGUAAGAGUACUGUUGACUGAUUUUGUUGUAAGAGAAAAACACUGUUGAAUGACU